UCAUGGCAGAGCCGCGGAGGGUACAGCUGUCCACCGUUCCUUCGCCGUCUCCUUUCCUCCCCUCGCCGCCUAAGAAGCCGCGUCCGGACAGCCAGGAGCAAGAGACGCCGGUGGCAGCCACGGUCCGCAUUGCGCUGUCUCUGUUCGAGCCGGAUCAGAAGAAGUGCCCCGAGUUUUUCUACCCAGAAUUGUUGAGGAAUCUGCAGGGGAACAGCAAGAAGAGUCCACCAGCAGAAAAUAAGAAACUUUUCAGCCCGUUCGAUGAGGAAGAAGCGGAGAGAAAGGAGGUGGAAAAAUUGGCUAAGAAGUUUGAAGAGAAAUAUAGCAACAAGAAGAAGAGGAAAGAUCGUGUGCAGGAUCUGAUAGACAUGGGCUACGGCUACGAUGAUUCCGAUUCCUUUAUUGACAACUCCGAGGCUUACGAUGAACUUGUCCCGGCAUCGCUGACCACAAAGUAUGGCGGAUUUUACAUCAAUUCUGGAACACUGCAGUUCAGACAAGCCUCUGAUUCGGACGAUGAAUUUGUCAAAGAGAAGAAAAAGAAAUCCCCAAAGAAAAUGAAGGAGAGAGGAGAGAAAAUGAAAAAGAAGAAGAGAGAAGAGGAGAAAAAAGGAAAGAAAAAUAAACACCCAAAGCCCGGAUUCACAGCAUUAAAUGGCGCCAAGGACAAAAAGAAGAAGAAACCAGCUUUAGACGUGAAUGAGAUGCUGGCCAGGUUCGCGCGAGAAAAAGAAGCGGAGAAAACCAAAUCUGUGGCCACUGUCGUCAGUGCGGCGCCGAAGGCUCCCUCUGUGUCCUCUGCAGUGCCAGGCCUGCCCCAUCCUCCACCGCGAGAGGCUGAGCCAGCUCCAGACCCGCUAUUUUCCACCAUCAUGUCAGAGACGGAGCUCCUCCAAGCUGCCAGCGCCUUAGACGCCCUGAGCGAGAAAGACUUGGAGAACUUGCUCAAUCUUCCACUAGAGAAAGGGACGGGCAGCAUAGUGAUGGCACCUGCAGCAGAGUUCAAGAAACCACCGUCCAUGCCAGAUGGCCUGCCAGCUUCUCUUGAAGUGAAGAUCAAAGAGCUGACACUGGCUGUGCGAGCGUCAGAGGGUGACAAGAAAACCAUUUUGUUUACCGGGAAAAUGAAUAAUGCACUUUUGGACAUUUAUCUGUUGUCUCGGGACGUCAGCCCUGCUCUUCGCUCUGCGGUCUUUACCCACCUGUCCUCCGUCCUCCCCUGCAGCAAAGACACACUUGUGAAAUGGGCCAGCCGCCUCUACCUACACAAACAGGGCGGCCGGUUGCAAGAGCCGCUACGGAAGCUGAAGGAUGCUGUAUUGCAGGCAAUGCCGGAACAGAUCAACAAGUACAACAAAGAUUUUAAAAUCUACAAUGAAGCAAAAUAUGCCAAAAUGCUGGCAGGCGACAAGGAGCAGAAGGCCCAUUCGGAAGAGGAAGAGGAAGAAGACAAGGGCAGCAGGAAACCCGCUGGGCCUCGCAAGAAGUUUCAGUGGACGGAGGAGAUCAGGCAGCUCCUGAGCCAACUAGUCCGUAUAAAGAUGGACAUGUUUGAACCAGAGGGCAGUGGUGGUAUGCUGAGCCUGGAAGAUUAUUUCAAGUCUUUCCUGGAUACCGAGGUGAAACCUAUCUGGCCCCGAGGCUGGAUGCAGGCCCGAACUCUCUUUAAUGAAAGCAGACGUCUGUACCCGCAUCUCAGCUCUAUAAUGGCAAAGAACAAACCAACGCCUCCCUCUAAAGUAAAAGUAAAGGAAUCUUCAAGCAAGGCAGAGAGGACUGUACCUCCUUCCCCUGUGGAGGUCCAGGGAGCACCCGUCUCCUCAACGCUUUCUACUAAAAGCAGUCCAGCAGCUCCUGUCUUCUCUACCAGUGGGUCUCCAUGUUCUACCUACAACCAGGACAACUCCCUGGAUGGAGAUCUCAUCCGCAACCCCCCAUCUCUAGAUGCUGUAUCGGAACACUUAAACGUCCUGUCCAACCGCACAUCGGCCUUUGAUUUCCCUGUCCCCAAAUCGUCCGUGCUUGAGAAAACCGCAGAGGAGAAAAAGACCCCUCCAGCCGUAUCUAUAGUAAACAUAUCCCAUACGUCAGCACGGCCACCAAACUUUAAUGACAAACCAUCACCGGUCCUGGAGAAGAAGCAGCCAAUGCAGGUCCACAGUUCAAAGAUGAUGUCUGAAGUCCUGCAAAAGCCACAGCAGCAGGCGCAUGUGCAGGUGAAGAUCAACCAGGUCGCCAACCCGUCUCUGCAGCCCUCAGUGAAGCUCUACCACAUGAACAGCCAGCACAUUAAGGGAAGCUUCACACCUCAGAGCCAGAGUAGUGGUCCCAGAGUUACAGCCCCAUCACCUCCACAGAGGCCUCCCACCCCACAAACCAAGUCUCCCAAACCCCAGGCUUUUACUUCUCCACCAUCUAACGUAGGCAACCAUCACAAGCCUGUGGUAUCCCCAAGUUUGUUAGGAAAGCACCCCGUCAGCAGCAGCACAAUGGUAACUCCAACCUACAGACCAGCUGUGCCAAGGCUCCCAGUUUCUCAACCCAGUAUCUCAGGGAACACGAUUGGCCUAAACAACAUUGUCUCUGUCAACCAGUCACCACCAUCUCUCCUGCGUAAUCCGGCUGCUGUUCCUGCCAAGAAGCCCACUCACCCAUCUCAAAAGUUGACCUUAAUGGCGCUGCAAGACUCUGGAAAAGGAACGCAAGGAGUCGCCAAGUUGCUGACAUCAUCCAUGAUUGGAGUUGCUGGAGUAAACAAAGGAACACCACCAAAUCUAAAUCAGACCGCAAAGUGCAACACCGUCCCUGGAAUCAUUACCCCCUCCUCGUCUCCAUCACUGACUGUACUGACCCCUUCUUACAAACCAAACGGAGGAAAAAUCCCAAACGCCGCCUCCUUGGGCCUCAUACCCACCAUCCACCAAUUCCCACUACGUGUCAUUUACACCACGGACACGGGCCAAAAAUCCACGAAGGAUGCCAUUGUCACAGGACCAGCUCCAGGCACUUUUAACCAUGGACUUGCACGAAAUCUCCUGGGUGCUCUUCAUCCGUCUACAACA